AGAAAUGAGGACUUUGAUUUCCCGUUUUACUGCUGGUCAGCGGCGUUAGGGCUCAAGGAGGCGUGCGACAGGAGGGUUACAGGGAGGAGACGAACCAGUGCAACACGAUUGAAGGAGGCUUUUCGAACAAUUGGAACCAAUUUGUCGUUCUCCAGGUCUUCGUCGUUAGUGCUUGAAGCCUAGAAGCAGUGCUUCUUUGAACUCUAAGAUGAAUAUAAAUGGUGAUGAUGCACCCCAUAAUAUUCAGAGCACUAAAGCUCCACCAAGUGCUGCAAAGGUUUCCAUACUCGCCAACAAGUCUGGGUUUGUGAUUCCUAGAAACAAGUUGUCAGGCUCUCUGGUUCCUGUAUUCCGAGGAGGCAAAAAGGAAGGUACACAGUCAGUGAAUGAUGACAUAAGUAAACUGGUGCAAAGAAAAACCAAGUGGGGUCCUGAUCUUACACAAGAUACAACUGUUAGGAAAGGAAGAGUCUUAGCAUAUCAGAGACUAUUCCAUACCAGGUGCCAAUAAGUGAUAUUGCUCCAUAUGUGAUGGUGAAAAUUUUGAGCAGACUCGUAUUGAUCAAAUAACACAACAGCUAAGCUCAGAACUCAUGGAUUGGGACAAGAGCCAAGACACGUUAUCUGCUUCUACUAUUGAGGAUUAUACUAUUAAAGUUGAGAAUAUAAAAGUUUUGGAACUUGAAAGGCGAGAAGCCAUUGGUGAACUCUUAACACUCAAUCCGAACUAUAGGCCACCUGCUGGCUACAAACCUGUUCAGAAAGAAGCAAAGAUUCCUAUUCCUAUCAAAGAGCAUCCUGGGUAUAAUUUCCUUGGCAUGAUCUUCGGACCUGUGAGUGACACUCAUAAACGUCUUGAAAAGGAAAUUGGGGCAAAAGUAAGAGUAUAUGGGAUUAAAGCAGACACUGGACAAAAGGUUGAAAUUACAUCAUCUGAUGAAAAUGAGACGUGCAGUAUAUACAAGGAGAUGUAUAUUCAAGUGUUAGCUGAUACCUAUGAGAAGGUUGAUACUGCAGUGUCUUUAAUGGAACUUCUGGUCAACCCAGUUUCUGUGAAGACAACCUCCGAAUCUAUGACAAUUUCUAGUAAUAAUGGCAUCACGGCUACUACUGAUAACCCAGGAGUGGUUCAACAACCAAUCAUGGAGGGGUCUGGUCAUGAUCCCUCACACAGUCAUUUCCAACAGAGCCCUUGGUUUCCUGGAAUUCCAUCUCAGAGUUCAAUGCCCUCUACAGAAAGUUCACUGUCAAAUGCUUGCAGUACUACACCCUCACUCAUUGACCAACGGGGCAUGGUGGCCAGAUUUGGUUCUGUUCCUCAAAGCCAUUCGCUCACAUUUAUGAGACCAAAUGUUACUCUAGUUUCCCAACAGCCAAACCUUGCUCCUCUCGGUGCUCCUAAAAAUCCUCUGACUGCUCCUUUGGGCCCUACAGCUCCUCACGGCAUCCAAGUUUUUAGACCUGCUAUUCAUAACCAAUUACCACCCUUUGGUAGUGGAUGGUCAGCAUGGAACUCUUCAGUGGUUCAAGGUAUGACGAAUGCAAUGCUAACAAACCGACCUCUAGCUGCCCCACGGGGUAGUGGUCAUCCAGUGGUCUCUAUGGCAGCAUCAUCUGUUGCCUUUCCACGUGGUGAUCUGUCCGGUUCUGCUCAUAACCAUCAUCUCCCUAAUUCUGUUUUACAACAACCUCAAAUGCAGCAUGUACGAUCUGGCAAUCCUAACUCGGCAUUUCCAUCUCAACCCAUACCCCCUAGCAACUCUGUUAGUGGAAGGGCAUUGAACAUUGAUGCCAUUAAUUCCCUUUCUGUUGGUGCUUCAACGCCACAUCAGCAACCUGGUUCUAGAGCUUUUGUAUUCCAGCCUCACCAACCAAAUCCUCCGGCUCCCUCCCGAGUAUUUGCAAGACCUGCUAAUUGUCAUUUUGAUCUUCCGAGUAAUUUCGUAAAAAACCAACCAAUUCAUUCAGUUCAUGCAGCACCUCAGUCUCCAUCCAUUGUUAGACCGGAAAUACGUAACUCAUCAAAUUCCUUAAAUGUGAUUCAAGGCUUCCCUGAAAUGCAGGCAAACAACCGGAUGAUUCAAUGGCAACCCACACCUGCCAGCUUUUCCGGAGGCCUUACUGGCCCUCCACCUCAACCUAUAAGGCCAACCGUGUUUCCGAAUUCAGGUGGUCCAUCUCCAGCUUCUGGAGUUUUUAGACCCGCUAUUCAUAACUUCAAUCCAGCAGUUCCUCCUUUGGCGAAUCCUGGUAGUCCUUUUCCUCCACGAUCAGGAAAUAUGAUGUUUCAACAUAAUAAUCCAGCAAUGGUGGCUCAUCCACCAAAUCUUCAACCUCCAACCAGUGAUUUUCGGCCAGGUAAUCCCCCAGCUUCUGGCACUUUUGGAAAGCAGCAAACCUAUGAUUAUGAUCCCCUUUCACCGACAUCUCUCUCGUAAACUGUCUCCCAUUGGUUGAUUACAAAAGGCAAUGCCCCUUUAUCAAGUCUAGUGAGAUUUCUUUAGCCCAGUUCUACUUGUCAGGUGGACCUUUAGUAACUAAGAUUAAGGCAAUGGCCCCGCUGUGAAUGCGAUUCCCAAAUUUGUAUGGUAUGGUUGCGAUUUAAGGUGACAAUAUAGUAGCUUCUAGUGGGGUGGUUCUACUAUAUUAUACACUUGACAUGGUCGAACAAAAGUAUUAGCCGACCAAAAUAUUCCCAGAGGUUGUUAUGUAAGGAUAGUUUGGCCAAAUAUGUCGAAGUGACUGCCAUUGGUUUUGAUUGUGACUAAUUUGGUUGAACUUGUUGA